AUGACCGACGCGCCGUCCGCUCCCGCCGGCGACUCGCCGCCGCCGCAGCAGCAGCCAGAGAGCGGCGGGUCCAUCUCCUCCAUGGUGGCCUCCUCCGCGUCCUCCGCGGCGGCCGCGGCCGCGGACUACACGCGCCGGGGCGAGGCCUUCGGGGCCGACCUGGCCGCCGCCGCCAGGACCGCCGUCGACACCGCCCACGCGCACGCCUACUCCUCCGCCAUCGCCGCGUCCGACGCCGCCAACGCGGCCAUGUCCGGCGCGCUCGCCGCCGUCCCAACAAUCACCCAGGCCGCUAAGGAAGAGCUGGAAUGGGUGAAGAAGGAGUACUUUGCUCGUGAGCAGAUGGCGCUGGGCAAGAUCAAAGAGGGUGUCAUCAUGGCCUUCGAGCAUCCGGGCAUUGCUGCGGGCUCAGCCACGGUUGCAGGAAUCGUGCUGCUCAAAAGGCCAAGGAGCUACCUAAUCCAACGUGUACGGCGUGUAUUUGUCAGCAAGGAGACCCUACUUUCUGGUAUCCAGGCUGAAGUGAAUCACAUGCGGCAAACAGUCAAUCUUAUGUCGAAUGAAAGCCAAAAACUGAUGGAUCGAGCUGCAACAGCAGAAAAAAGAUUCCAGAAAGGAUGGAAUACACUCAGGGAAGAAGGGCGUGCCAUUCAAACUGAGUUGAAGCAAAUCAGUGAUAUUGAAAACCAAGCAGUAGGUCUCAAGGGAAUUCUUGAUCAGCUUCCAAGAGCACAUGCAUCUGAAUUUCGAUCAGAGAUUUCCGGCCUAGCCUCUCAGGUCAAGAAGGAGAAGCGUGUGCUCAACUCCGCCCUCACGAAGAUUGUGAAUUAUGGCGUCCCUAUCUAA